CAGGUGUUUCAUAGCAUUCAACUGCCAUAAAGCUUUCUUUAUUUUUUGAAAACUGAACCAUCUAUUUAACCGAAGAUGAAAAUGCUAUUGCUGGUCAGCCAUCUCCUGCUAAUCUCUGUCAUGUCCUGUCUAGGAGAGUUCACAUGGCACAGAAGAUAUGGUCAUGGAGUUUCUGAGGAGGACAAAGGAUUUGGACCCAUUUUUGAAGAGCAACCAAUCAAUACCAUUUACCCAGAGGAGUCACUGGAAGGAAAAGUUUCACUCAACUGUCGGGCACGAGCCAGCCCAUUUCCAGUUUACAAAUGGAGAAUGAAUAAUGGGGAUGUUGACCUGACGAAUGACCGAUACAGUAUGGUAGGAGGAAACCUUGUCAUCAACAACCCUGACAAGCAGAAAGAUGCUGGGAUCUACUACUGCUUGGCAUCAAAUAACUAUGGCAUGGUCAGAAGCACUGAGGCGACCCUGAGUUUUGGAUAUCUCGACCCCUUUCCUCCCGAGGAGCGUCCGGAGGUGAAAGUGAAGGAAGGGAAGGGCAUGGUGCUUCUCUGCGACCCUCCGUACCACUUUCCAGAUGACCUUAGCUACCGCUGGCUCCUCAAUGAAUUUCCUGUAUUUAUCACAAUGGACAAACGAAGAUUUGUGUCUCAGACCAAUGGCAAUCUCUACAUUGCAAAUGUUGAGGCUUCUGAUAGAGGCAACUACUCCUGCUUUGUGUCCAGUCCUUCUAUUACAAAAAGUGUGUUCAGCAAGUUUAUCCCCCUCAUCCCAAUACCUGAACGAACAACAAAGCCAUACCCUGCUGAUAUUGUAGUCCAGUUCAAGGACAUAUAUACCAUGAUGGGCCAAAAUGUGACUUUAGAGUGCUUCGCUCUUGGAAACCCUGUCCCAGAUAUCCGGUGGCGGAAGGUGCUAGAACCUAUGCCUAGCACUGCUGAGAUAAGCACCUCAGGGGCUGUCCUCAAGAUCUUCAAUAUCCAGUUAGAAGAUGAAGGCAUCUAUGAAUGUGAGGCUGAGAACAUUAGAGGAAAGGACAAACACCAGGCAAAAAUCUAUGUUCAAG